GCAAUGGCGACUACCUUAACUCGUCCCUACGUUCUUCUCUCCUCCUCCACAAGAGCGAGCCUUCAUCUCCUUUUCCGAUCUCCGAAUAGACCCUUCGCUUCCUUUCUAUCAAGUCUCUCAUGUUCUGCCGCGAGAAGCUCCAGUUCGAGCGUUUUGUCUCGUGGAGAAACUAUUGCUUCGAUUUUUAGAAAAGGAGUUUCUAGGGUUUCUGGGUUUGGUGCCGUGGACAUUCGCAGCCGUGGGUUUAUAACUAAAUCCUCUCAAAUCAACGAUGCUUCUGGGUCUAUUGAUCAAACUCUUGUGCAAUCCAUGGAGCUAAAGAUUAAAGAACAGUUGAAUGCAGAGUCGGUUUCUGUCAAGGAUAUGUCUGGAGAUGGACGUCAUGUUUGCAUCAAUGUUGUAUCAUCGGCUUUUGAGGGACAAUCUGCAGUGAAUAGACAAAGGAUGGUGUACAAAGCCAUUUGGGAGGAGCUUCAGAACGUUGUUCAUGCCGUUGAUCAAAUGACAACAAAGACUCCUUCCGAAAUUUGAAGCUUUUCUUUUCUGAACACUAGAAGCAUGAAUAUCCAUUAUUUGAUUGGCAGACAAAGCUACUUGUUUUUCAUCAAAAACGAAUUUGAAAUAAAGUUUUAGAUGUUCUAUGCUGUUGUUGUUGUUGUGUUGAUGUAAGCAUUUGAGUGAUUAUCUUGCAACAGUUCGUUUGUUAAGGUUUUGUUUGUAUUUUAGCAUCAGAUACAGUGGCUAAAUUCAUUAAGGGUAUAGAUGAUAAGAAAAAGAGAUUGGGGUUUCUGGUGAUGAUGAUGACUAAGAUUCAUCUUCAC